AUGAAUUCUUUAUCGGCAACGGCGCCCAUUAGGAUGGCGACAUUACCAAAGCACUAUCUACAGUUCACUGUACGAACCUAUACAAAGCAGAUGGCUAGUACUGGACUCCGAUGCACUGGUCAGUGGUCCGCCAAUAAAUACCAUCAACAACCGCCUACAAAACGGUACAUAUCAUCUACGCCACAAUCGCAGAUAAAGGAUUACUUUCCUCCUCCUGAUGCACCAAAGAUCAAAGAGGUGGAGACGGCCUGGGCACACCCUGUUUAUACCGAAGAAGAAAUGCAUAGAGUUACUGUCGGCCACCGAGAAGCAAAGAACUGGUCUGACUGGGUUGCAUUUGGCAGUGUCCGGAUGUUGCGAUGGGGUAUGGACCUGGUCACAGGCUACAAACACCCUACACCAGGCAAAGAACACGACAUGAAAUUCAGGAUGACAGAGCAAAAGUGGUUGACGAGAUUCGUCUUCUUAGAGAGCGUGGCUGGCGUUCCGGGAAUGGUUGGGGGCAUGCUAAGGCACCUAAGAAGUCUUAGACGUAUGAAGCGGGAUAAUGGAUGGAUCGAAACCUUGCUGGAAGAGGCAUACAACGAGCGGAUGCAUCUGCUUACAUUCCUAAAAAUGGCUGAGCCUGGAUGGUUCAUGCGCCUAAUGGUGCUUGGGGCCCAAGGAGUGUUUUUCAACGGCUUCUUUCUUUCUUACCUCGUUUCGCCACGGACCUGUCAUCGCUUCGUCGGAUAUCUCGAGGAAGAAGCCGUCCUCACCUACACUCGAGCUAUCAAAGAUCUCGAAGCUGGUAGACUACCUGAUUGGGAGACGCUGGAGGCGCCCCAAAUUGCUAUACAAUACUGGAAGAUGCCUGAAAGCAACAGGACCAUGAAGGACCUGUUGUUAUACAUCCGAGCAGACGAGGCCAAGCAUCGCGAGGUCAACCACACGCUUGGAAACCUGAAGCAAGCGGCCGAUCCCAACCCUUACUCAGUCAAAUGGAAGGACCCAGCAAAGUCGCAUCCAGGCAAAGGCAUUUCGAACCUGAAGACCACUGGGUGGGAAAGAGAUGAAGUAGUUUAA